UAGUGAAGAAAGUGUCAUUGCUGUUGGUUCUGAGUCUCCUCUAUUCUCUGGUGGAGGUUCACUCUCAGACCUUUCCUUAUGUCUCCUUCAUGGGUCAGACUCUGGCCAACCAUUCCUAUGUGGACCUCAGUCUAGUGGGGACCAGCGAUAGUCUUCAAUGUAUCACUAACCUGAUGACAUGUUGCAGUAGUUCUCAGGGUGUUCAUCGUGGAGACUGGUAUUUCCCAAAUGGAUCUAUACUGCAAUUUUCCGGAGAUAUUUUUGAAUCACGCGAACCUCAGAGAGUUAGCCUUCGCCGUGAAAGAAAUCCUGCAAUAGUUGGUGUGUAUCGCUGUGAUGUUUCAACAAUUAGCGUCCAUGAUAACAUCGACACUUCGGUCAGAGAUGUUGUGUAUGUGGGUCUGUACACCCCUGAUCAAGGAACAAUUUCACUGUUGGGAGGUAUGACACUUGAUCUUGGCCUACUAACGCUCGCCUGUAUCUCCACUGGUGGACCUGCUACA